GAGAUCCUCACAGGGAAACCCAGCUUGGCCGUCUGCAGCUCUGCACUCUCACACACACACACACACAGCCAGCCCCAGAAACCCGCCAUCUGUCCAGCCCCAAACAGCCAGCCGCCAUGAUUAUCCUAAUGGACAUGCAGAUGAUGCUGCUGGACGUGGUUUACUUCAUCUUGCGCGGGUGCCUACAGAUCGUCAUGAGGCCGCGCACCAAGGACAUCGAGGGGGAGCUGGUGCUCAUCACCGGGGCCGGCGGGGGCCUGGGCCGCCUCUUCGCCCUGGAGUUUGUCCGCCAAGGGACCGAGGUCGUGCUGUGGGACGUGAACGCCGAGAGCAACGAGGAGACGGCCAAGCUGGUGCGCGAGGCCGGCGGCACGGCCCACACGUACACGGUGGACGUGACCAACCGGGACACGGUGUACAAGAUGGCCGAUCUCGUCAGGAAGGACCUGGGCAGGGAUGUGACGUUUCUGAUUAACAAUGCCGGCGUGGUGGCAGGGUACCGGCUUUUGGACUGCCCAGAUGACCUGGUGGAGAGGACACUGAAGGUCAACUGCCAUGCCCACUUCUGGACGGUGAAAGCGUUCCUGCCCCAGAUGAAGGCUAAUAACCAUGGCCACAUUGUCACAGUGGCCAGCGUCCUGGGCCUGUUUGCCACGGCCGGUGUGGAGGAUUACUGUGCCAGUAAGUUUGCAGCUGUUGGCUUCCAUGAGUCUUUGGCCCACGAGCUCCUGACAGAGGAAGAGUAUGACGGCAUAAAGACCACACUGGUCUGUCCCUACCUGAUUGACAAUGACAUGUUUGACGGCUGCAAGAUCAGGGAUGAAGCAGAAAUGGUUCUGUCGGCUCAGGAUCCUGUUUAUGUAGUCCAGCAGGCGAUGAAUGCAAUUCUUAUUGACCAACCACUUGUUUGCAUUCCAAGACUGACAUACAUCCCGUAUAUAGCUAAGACGCUGCUUCCCUGGGAUGCAAAUGUGGCAACCUAUCGCUUUGUGGGGUCCGACAGGAGCAUGUAUCCCUUCAUUGAGAAAAAGAAGAACAAGACAGCCAAUGGAGCCAUCAACGCUGCAUAGACACCACAUAGAAGUUGUGAACAUGUCAUGUCUACCCACAGUUUUAUAAUUCUUUUUGGAACUCCUGCUGUUAUAAUCAUAGCGCUGACGUGAAGAGCAACACGAGAGUGCCUGAUUGGUUGUGAUGUAUUUAUUAUUGAGUCAUCCUUCAUGUCUGUUUAGAGCAUUGGAAUGCAGUCAAACACACCUUCCCAAUUGGAACUCUCUAGAAUAUAAUUUUGUACAUAAAAGCCCUGAAACCAGUUGACCAUUAAUGCCCAUUGAACCACUGAACUUCAAUAUGCCAAAUUGAUAAUGAACGAUGUAAGUUAAAUUGUUGGAUAUGAUCCAUCUCUGAGUCCUGCUAUGUAUUCAGGUUUAGGUAGAAACUUUAUGUUGAGACAAUCACCAACCACUGACUUGCCUCAUUGACGUGUUUAGCUACGAACCUGAAUAGCAUAGCAGCACAGAGGAGGAUGAGGUUAACGAGACUCACUAUGGCUUGCCAUUGAAACAAAAGUGUGUCUCGAUAUUUUGUAAUUGGUUAAUCCUCUCCCUUGGAAUUAAAAACUUUCUAAACUAACAUUUCUAUAAAAUAAACACAAC